UGAAUGCCUAAUCCUAAACCUCAGCCUAAACCUAACCAUAACCUAAUUGGAAGCCUGACACUAAAACCACAUUUUGAGCCCAAACAUUGCCUUCAAAUUCGUAGGGAUGGGCAUUUUAUCACCAUAGGUGACUGCUAGUAAAGCAGAAGUAGAAUAUGAAACCUUUAUAUAAACAGCAGUCCAUUUAACAUUUAUUUAGUUGUUGCAAUCAACUCAUUUAAAUAUUUCAGAUCAACAGAAACAUUUUAAUUAUAUUAAACAAAGGUAACCAAGGUAAAUACAAAAUACUUUCAAGUGAUGAUUUCAUUUCUUAAGGAUAAAAAGAUAUCCCCCUACAGCCUUUGGCAAUUCAGAGUGGAAACAUUUUGUGGAAAUUUCACAUUGCUAUUAUCAAUAUUUCUUGUAACUUUGUAACUGUUCCAAGUGAAUUGAGAACAUCAGAGACAUUAACUGUACCUACUGAGUAGCUACAUUUCUGUUAUACAACAAGGGAAGACCAAAGGGAAAGCCAAGCAAUUGCUUAGUCAGCUCUUUUUCUUCAGUAUAUUGAGAACACAACACAUCUUCUGCUAAAAAAAAGAGCAAGUCAUAAGGUUUCACUGCUGUCUGCAAAGCAUGGGGAAAAAACUAAAUCCUGGAGAAAUCGCUUUGUGUGAAAAAUAAUCUUGAGCAUUGAAUCAAUAAGAUGCUCUAAAGACUUGCACCCUGCCAUUACUUAACCCAACUUCUCUUACAUUUACUAACAAGAAUAUAUAUCAUUAGUUCAUCAAGUUUAAUAAAACUAAAAUUGAAAAUUUGAGGAAAAAAAAACUUUGUUGAUGAAGAUUUAGCAAUUUUAUUGUGUUUGUAACUGUAUUUGCAACAUUUGUAACAUUAUUGUUUUGGAAGAUUUUAUAAGAUGGAAUUUUGUUUGGAUAUAUGGUGUUAUUAAUAAGUGCUCUUAUUAAUGUAGCUUUAUAAAAACUUUUGCUCCUGCAAAAGGAAUUUAGGAAUUUAGUGUCUUUGCAUGUGAAGCUAAAUACUGAAGUCGUCACUUCGUGAACAUGCAGGGGCAAGCCCGUCUUGUUGUCAUGCAUACAAAAGAAAUGUUGGAAUGUGGUAAGAACAAGAAAAUGUUGGGAAAAUUAAGAAAUGAUUUCAUUAAUGAAAUUCCAUCUUUUAUACUUUGCCCCUUUUAAAGACAGAAAAAGAGCAAUAAGUCUGGCAUCAGCACAAAUCUGUCCAAGCAAGAUGAAUAUCAAUAUCAGGGCCUCGAACCUAACUGGUGUUUGUUUCCUUUUAUGACAGAUCUCAUUCUUGUUACAAAAUGUAUGGAGUGAAACUGAUUCAUGAAACACAGCAUAUUUUAUUCCUGUUUGUCAGCGCAAUGGCCCUGAUAUCCUCCUGUAGGUCCUUACCAAGGACAGACUACCCUAUCCUUCCUGGACCAUGACACCAUCACUUCAUGUUCAUGUGGAAUGCUCCAACUGAACUGUGUAACAUCCACUUUGGUAUGCCCCUUGACCUCUCCUACUUCAGCUUUGUCAGCAGCACCCUGAAAACGGUGACCAACCAAAGCAUCUCCAUAUUUUACAUUGACCGCUUUGGCAUCUUUCCCUAUAUUGACGAAGACACUGGAGAAAUGCAUGAUGAAGGUUUGCCGCAAAUAAUAGACAUGCAGGACCACCAUGACGAUGCUGCAGAUGACAUCAAGCACUAUAUUCCCACCGAUGGACCUGGCCUGGCUGUGCUUGACUUUGAAGAGUGGAGACCGCAGUGGAUUCGAAACUGGGGAAGCAAAGAUAUCUACAGAGAGGUUUCAAUCGAAAAGGUCAAAAAGAAGAACACUUCACUUUCUGAAGAUGAGGCAGAGGAAAGGGCAACGAUUGUGUUUGAAAGAGCAGCCAAGAGGUAUUUUGUCCAAAUCAUCCAAAUUGGGAAGAAACUGAGGCCAAAAAGACUUUGGGGUUACUACUUGUAUCCUGAGUGCUAUAACUAUGACUACAACCAGGACAUGGUGGGCUUCACUGGAGAGUGUCCUGAUAUUGAGAAGCAGAGGAAUGACAAUCUUUUGUGGCUCUGAAAAGAGUCCACGGCACUCUUUCCUUCCAUCUACCUGGAGUUGGUCCUCAAAGACUCCUGGAAAGCUCGUUUGUUUGUUCGCCAUCGCAUCCAGGAAGCCAUGAAGGUAUCAACCCUCCCCCAAAGCACCUAUUCAAUCCCUAUCUAUGCCUACAUAAGACCUGUGUACAAGGACAGCGUUGAUGACUAUGUGUCAGAAUUUGAUCUGGUUAACACCACUGGAGAAGCUGCUGCUCUGGGUGCUGCUGGCGUCAUAUCUUGGGGAGACAUGAAUGUCACAGACACAGAGGACUCUUGCUUUGAUGCACAACAUCACUUGGAGCAGGUUAUAAACAGGUACAUUGUGAAUGUUUCCACUGCAACACGCCUCUGCAGUGAUGCACUUUGCCAGGGCCAAGGUCACUGUAUAAGGAAGCACUGGGAUGAUGACGUGUUCCUUCAUCUGCACUCAUGUCACUACCAGAUCAAGCAGCAACACCGGGGUGGACCUUUGACUGUGAGCGGUGGUCUCUCACAAGAUGACAUCAACUUGUUUGACAAAAACUUUGACUGCAAGUGCUAUACUGAAAAGCCAUGCCGGUCGGUCAUUACGCUCAAUGUCAUUCACGACGCAGUCAUCAACACAAGGAACCGCGCUGCUGAUAGGACACACUCCAUCCUCCAUGUACAUUUAUAUUUGUGUGUCUUGGUGUGGGUGUUUGUGAGUGAGUAAGUGAGUGUGUUUGUGUAUGUGUGUUUGCCUUUGCCUCCGGUGGAUAGACGAUCAUAAGUUUGUUUAAAGGAACUUUUUAUUUCAUUUCAACAGCCUUCUUUCAUAAAAUAUGUCUAAACUAAAAAAGGGUUAAAAUGGACUGUGAUUACCUGUCAAUUAUAUACCGAUAAUUGACACCAAAGAUCAGAAAGAACUGGGUAUAUCCUGUGCCAUGUUCCAUAAUGGCUCUUAUCGUGCCACAAGAGGUCAUCACAGUAGGAGUUUUUACCAGCACAAAAUUCACAACCAAAUACUGCCUUAUGCUAUUAUUAUUAGGCAUUUACACAAUAAAAGCCUCCCAAAAUUUAAUCAAUAAAAAAUGCAACAUUGUGAUGCUAAAAUUAACAACCUCAGGCCCUGCUACUGGCCCUCGCAUUGGCUCUUAUCUGCUGUGGUACUUAAAGCCAGCUGGUUAAUAAAAUAACUAUGAUAACAAUUAUCAGCUGCAACUAACAUAAUUUCUUUGUCACUGUACUAGUGAGUAGUGAAUAUAAGAUGCUUAGCAUUAGGAUUUUUGAACAAUUUAGUGUCAGGUGUGUUUUAAUAACAGACACAGGUGGUGCUCUUUCUAUGACACCAACUUAAGCAACCCCCUUUUCUAUCUGAAAAAAGAACAUCAUUUUAUUUCCAAAUCAAAAUUUUUUGCACCUCUUAAAAAGAUAUGCAUUACAAACAACUGGAAUAAGCAAGACAUUCAACUGAAUUUUAAUGAGGUCCAGAAAGGGCAUUUUUCUUGCACUGAAAAAUAAAGUUGCAUGCAAAAAUACGCAUGCUAAAAAUUCUACAAUUCCAUAAAUGUUUCUGCCAUAAAAAACAGAAAGAACUACUACUGUGGUAUUUCAACCCUAAGUGUUAGAAAAGAUGAUCACUUAUAAUAGUGGGAGAUUUGAGUUAAAAGUGCCCAUAUUUUACAGGAAAAGUUUAACUGGGAUGCAGAGUGGAAGACUAUUACCACACUCACAUCCACAUGUUAAACACAGGGCUACAGCUGGUUAGAUUAGCUUACCAUAAAGACUGGAAAUAAGUGGAGACUAACCUGCCUCAAUACAAUGAUUCAAAACGUUAAAGUGACAACAGGAUGCAUUGUCCGCUGUAAAAAAAAUGUGCUGUAUUGUGGUAUGUGCAGACUGCAGUACUGAGACAUUCACUCAUUGUUUAGUUGUGUGAAUAACUGAAUUCCAGGGCACAGUGACAUUUUAUGUUAGAACACAUGUUUGGCUUCUGUUCACGUCCUCUCAUCUAUAUUCAGGAGUGGUCAGCAUUCAGAAGAAUUCAGUAUCUGCCUGCCUGUUGUGGGCUGCAUGAAUAUUUUAUGUCUGGGUUCUCUUCCUGGUUUCUGCUGUGAUUUAAAAGUUUAGCAACCAUUUGAAAUUCUGAGCUUUUUCCUUCUUUGUUUUGUUUUGUUUUUUUCUUUGAUUCUUACACAGUUAAUUAGAAUGUGAUCAGAAGUAAACUGCUGUAGAAAAACAAUAGGCACUACUUUUUUAUUACUUAGAUUCAGAUGAAAUUACAUAAAACAACACUGUCAUCAAACAAAACAGCCAAGCAAAAGUAAGACUCCAUAUGCAGGCUGGUACUUUUCAAAACAUUGUAUUACCAGAUAAUUAUCGGUGAUUUGCAUAUCACCUUAAUGUUGCAGCUAGAUUAUACAUUGCUGGUUAGCUUUAUAUAUAAAAAUACAUCUUAUAGUUUUACUAGAUUUGGAUUUAAAGACUGUAAAAAUAUAUAUAUAUAUAUAUAUGAAUAACUAAACCAGGGGUCCUGUUCUCCUCUUCACUGGUAUCUCAGCACUGGUGUACUUAUCUUACAGGUGCGUCUUUAACAUUUGAACUAGAGCUCCUUAACAGCUGACAGACAUUAAUGAUCAAAAACAUAAUACUGAAUCACAGUGUAACAGCUGUCCUCUGAAAUCUAGCUAAGUGACCUUACAAUUACACGCACAGACAUAAUCAAAGGAUUGGAUACAUAACUACUUUGCAGCUUUGUGCAGUGAUUUACACAGUCAGACAAAUUCUGCGACUAUUUUAGUCAUUUUAAAAAGUAAACAAAUACAUCCAACACUGUUAACUAAACCUCAGCAUAGGGUUAGGUGUAGAGGGGAAAGUUGAACAAGACAGGUGAACAUAAUUUCGUCACUCUUUGGUGAUACUAUUUCCACCGUGAGGCCUCACUGUACAUGUAUAAACUGUCAAAAAAGAACUGAUCCACAGUCUCUUCCUGGUAGAGCCGUCACCCUUUGUGCUUUGGCAGUCUGGUCCCAGCCUGGCCCAGCUUGGCUCAGCUCAGCUGCCUGUAUAAUCUGUUCUGUCAGAUGGAAACUGUCGUCCGGGGGUAAUAAGAGCUUUAUUGUCCUGAUUCUUCUGCUUUGUUGGGGAUUGCAGAGCAUUUCUAGGUCACUGGCUGUGACUGAAUGUUCUGCUGACCAUACUGAUGCUUCACUGAGGAAACGCACUCGCUUCCCAUGCUGAUCCUACACCACCCUUUCACCCAGCACUUUUGGGGGAACACAAUUAGAAAUCCAGGUUCCGCAGCCAGAUUGCAAUUUACCAAAGGAUCACAGCUUCUGUUUUCUGUCAGAGCAGAUAUAUUAUGGAUACUGACGCACAAUUAAUAGGCUCUUUCAUUGUGAUAAUUGGGCAGAAAGGCCCCAUGAUCAUUUCCCCCACUUUUCUCCUCGUAAUUAUCUUCUUUCACCCUGUUCUCUUUCAGAUAGGUUAAGCACACAUUAAUGUUCCCACCUUAGAUUUAGAUGCUACAACCAGAGGUAUCAGUUAUUCCUGAUGAUCGUAAGCUAUUUAGCAGUAUCUUGCAUGUAAAAAUGUGAACCUAAUAUAUAACACUGAAACUGUAGCUAAAUGAAAUGUUUUUGUUAAAAACUGGAGCCAAAGUUCUGCUAAAAGAUUACAAAUUGUGUUGCAGUGGUCACUAAGUCAGAUGAGGCAAUUAUCAAGUCAUAAAAUUUUGGCUGUUCCUGACUGAGACCCAAAAAGUUACCUGUCUUUCACAAGGUAUGAGGUCCUAUAGGAGGCUGUGAUAAAAACUGAUGCAGUUUUUAUGCAGUUUGUGUGGUACAGACUGUGUGAUAUUAUUUGAUUUCACAUAUCAGUCUAGCUGUCAAGAUUAAUGCUCUUUUGAUUUGUUAAAACAAGCAACAACCUGCAGGCUCCCAAAAUGAGUCAUUCUCCAUAGACUUGGAUGUCAAAAUGUCAUCUUUACUACGUUUGUGGUCUUAUGUGGUAUUUUUUUCACUCUCGUUCUGAAAGUCUCCAUUUUUUUCUUUCUUUCGCAAUCCCAGAAGCCCAUUCUGCCUUGAUUAGUGCACACAAUCUCACUAUUGUGACACCUCUAGCUAAACUCUUCCCAGGCGUCUGCUAUAACCAGCUUUGUUGAAGCAUGUACCAAACAUGCUGCUGGAAGGAAUUAUGCAAAUGUGUUCCAUGGGAAAAAACAUACCAAAAGAAAGCCUGCCAAUAAGGCAUAUCAGGCAGUGGGAGAAAGUCUCUUUGGCCUUUGCAACUUUGCAAAUGUUUUACAUAUGAAGCAAAAGCUUUAAUACUCCAAAGGAAAGAGAAAGCCCCGGAAAGCAUAACAUGGUCUCUCUUUGUGUAUUGUCAUUCAAAGCAGCAAGUGGUCCUGAGGAAAUAAUGAAACAACUAGAUUUAACACAGCCUAAAACAAGAAUGCAGAUUGUUGAACAAAACACCGUCUGCAUACAUAUUUCUUU